AUGAGGGAUGAUGGUGCAUCGUCGACAAAGUUGACGAAUGCGAAGGCUGAGGCGAAGACAGCUCAGCCGUCUGACGCUGCCGUGAUGCCGGCUACCGUGAUCGAGCCAGGAUGGGAGGCCGUAGAAGGCGGCUUGCUAGGGGCGCCGAACACUCCAAGCUUAAUGGCUAAACGUGCCAUCGCCAAGUCUUUGGCCCUGAAGGCAGCUCUGAGUACGAAGCCAAAGACAUCUUCGCCGCUGAAGUCAAGCAUGUCCGCGGAUUUGACCAUCUCGCCAGUCAGAAGCAAGUCACAGCUGCGCCAAGAUGCUCCGACCCCCGUCAUGGGCAGCGGUUGA